AUGGCAGGAGAGCCUAAGAGACGCAACCCAAACCAUUAUUGCCACUAUCAUCAGGAUCAUGGGUACACGACGGAGGAUUGCAAGAAUUUAUGGGACCAUUUGGAGCAGUUGGUCCGAGAGGGGAAAUUGAAGCAACUCUUGCAUCAUUCCAGUGGUAGGGGAGGACUGGAUCUUGUCUUUCCAGGGUACUGUCGGUGUUCCAACCUCCGGCCGAGGAUCAUUGCCAAGCGUCGAAGAGAGCCAGGGUGGACGUCCCCCCCGAUUUUGGGUUUUUCGGAUGAGGACAAGGUUGGAACCAUACAACCCCAUGAUAAUGCUCUGGUGGUCACGUUGAGAAUUGGUGGAUACGAUGUAAAAAGGGUGAUGAUUGAUCAAGGUACUGUUGUUGAUAUAAUGUACCCAGAUUUGUAUAAGGGGCUAGGUCUGAAGCCGGAGGACUUAACAGCUUACAAUUCCCCUCUGGUGAGUUUUGAGGGAAGGAUGGUCGUUCCAAAAGGACAGAUCAGACUACCUGUGCAAACCGGUAUGGAUGUGGUGGAGGUGGACUUCAUUGUUGUAGACGUUUUCUCUCCAUACACGGCUAUUAUGGGCAGACCUUGGCUUCAUACCCUGGGAGCAGUCUCAUCUACUCUACAUCAGAAAGUGAAGUACCCAUCUGGAGGCCAAGUAUUAGAGAUAGUAGGAAGCCAGGUUGCAGCUCGGCAGUGCCUGGUAACGACUAUACAACAUCGGCCAGAGGCAGAGACCUCGGCUACCGCAGAUAAUGGAUUAUAG